GAGACAACAGCCAAAAUGCUUCUAUGCUGCUGGUUUCGACUCACUGGUAAAGUGAUGGGACAAGUGUAUCGAUGUUGGCGGAGGACAUGCCGAGAAAUAAAUGUUGUUUUUACCAGCUCUUGGGGCAGAGGGCGUGGCGGUAAUACCACCAUUACACAACCAUAUGAAGAGGUUCAGUGGUCUCUACACUGGUCCUUACUUCGAUCCAUCGUCCGCUACCAACAUAACAACUCAACUCGGAACACAUGCCUACCUGCCCUGCAAGGUGAAACAGCUGGGUAACAAAUCGGUGUCAUGGAUCCGCCGAAGGGACGCUCACAUCCUCACCGUGGACCGCUACACGUUCAUCGCUGACGAGCGGUUCCAGUCCUUCCUCGUGGAGGCAACCGACACGUGGACAUUGCAGAUCAAGUACGUGCAAGCACGUGACGCUGGCAAGUACGAGUGCCAGGUCAGCACGGAACCCAAGCUGAGCCACGUCAUCACGCUCAACGUUGUCGUUCCCAAAAUCGAGAUCAUGGGGGAGUCUGACUUGUACGUGAAGACGGGCAGUACGGUGAACCUCAAGUGUGUGAUCACACAGUCACUGGAGGAACCAGCCUACAUCUUCUGGUAUCAUGACAACGAACGUGUUCUCAACUAUGACAGCAGCUCCAGGGACAUCCGGAUGGAGCGCGUAGGUCCGGACACCACUGUCGGCACACUGAUCAUCUACAACGGUCGUCGCGAAGACUCUGGAAACUACACGUGCAGCCCUUCCAACCUGGACUCCGCCUCUGUUCUCCUUCACGUGCUCAAUGGGGAACAUCCGGCUGCAAUGCAAAGAGGCAAAAAUGCUGCGUCCCCCAUUCCUGGAUACUGGUGGGGCCAUCUGUCAGCGGGGCUUGGUCUGAGCGCCUGCCUUCCACCCCGUACAGCUGCAGUAGCAGUAAUUCUGCUUGGACUGGCGGGACACGCGCUCGUUUGGACCAGCACAUAGGCCGAAACGUCGUGCGAGACCCCAGACAGGGAAGAAUAUGUUUAUAUAAUGUAAUAAAGCCGGUGAAUAUGGUAUGAGUGUUUCAUGUGUGAAUGAGUGUUGCAUCGGGAUCAGUAAUUUGUGAACUUACACAGUUUUCCUUUCUUCUGUUGAUGAGCUUCGAGAAAGGAACUUGAUUAUGAAACCUUGCAAUGGAAUUAAUUAUGGUUAUCAUUGUGGAUAACUCGUCUAGCAUGGUGGUUACUUUAUAUGCCUUAUUGUUUAAUACUAAAUAGGCUAUGUAAUUUGUCCAUAGGUUAUGUUUAUUUGUUCUGUACGAUUCUCAGCCAUUUGGUUAUUAAAUACAAUUAAGC